AUGAGUCGCAUACCCAUCGAAAAGUUUCGAAUUCAACAAUACAAAAAAAUCGAUAGAGUAUCAAGUGGCCGUCUUUUGAUACUCAUACUAAAGGUGCUCGGCCUAUGGCAUUGGCAAGAGGAAGAAGAUCAAAGUGUCCUUAGCAUAAUAUUGCAUCACCUGCAUGCCUGGCUCUUACAUGUGCCCAUGUCUUUUGCUUUUUGUGCCCUGAUGUGGAUUGAAGUGUUUCGUGCCCCUGAUUUUGUGGAAGCUGGCAAAGUUUUGUACAUGUCCUUGACUCUGAGUGUGGUUAUUCCCAAAACUUUGAGUUUUUGGUUACUCUCAACCAGAAUAUGUCGCUUCAUCAAGGAUUUGCAAGUAAAUCCCAUGUAUGAAUUUCAAUCCCAGGAAGAGAUUCUCAUGUGGCACAGUCAACACAAACUCUUUAAAAACGUGGUGAGACUUUAUUUGGGUGGCAGUGUGUUGGCAGCUUUAGGAGCAUUUAUUGGAGUGCUCUUUGAGGAGGACUAUCAGUUGGGAUUUCCCUAUUGGGUACCUUUUGAAUGGCACAACCCUAGGGGCUAUUGGCUAGCCUAUCUGUAUAAUGUGGUGGCCAUGUCUGUGGCCUGUUUCUCAAAUGUCUCCUUUGAUAUGUUCGGCUGUUAUAUGAUAUUUCACAUUGGACUGCUGUACAAAUUGCUGAGCUUGAGAUUCCAUCAAUUGCAGCAUGUCGAUGAAGUAAAGGCCAAGGAUAAGUUGAUGGCAUUUGUUCUUAUGCACAUGAAAAUUAAAAGGGCCACCAAAGAAUGCGAACAUCUGGUAUCCCAUUAUGUCCUGAAUCAAAUAAUUUUUAGCGCUCUCAUCAUAUGCUUCAGUGGUUAUCGUUUGCAAAAGAUGAACAUCAUGGAUAAUGUGGGUCAAUUCUUUUCCAUGCUACAAUUUUUGUCAAUCAUGAUUUUGGAAAUAUUCCUACCCUGUUACUUUGCCAAUGAAAUAACCGUUAAUUCAUCCCUUUUGCUAUUCGAUAUCUACAAAUCGAAUUGGUUGAACUAUUCACCAUCUACCAGAAAAUUUAUAAUUUUAUUUAUGGAAUUUUUAAAGCAACCUGUAAUCAUCAAGGCAGGUGGAUAUUUUGAAAUCGGCCUACCCAUAUUUACUAAGGUUAUGAAUAAUGCCUAUACAUUUUUUGCCUUGCUGCUUAACGUUGAUGAAAAGUGA